GUUGGUAUUAGGUGUAUAACCUAUGGAAACUAUCAACACCAUUUACUUUGGAUUGAUUCCAGGCGAUAGGAAUUGUCGUGGAAGUUAUUUAGCUGUUUUAUGAAUAUUAGAAGUGAUAAAUACAUAUUUAUUUGGAAUUAUCUAUUCGUGUUCAUAUCAACGCAAUGAGUAUAACGAUAUCAUCAAUUCGUCUCAGGACGAGUAUAUUAGAUAAGUCGUUGAGCAGGGGCAGGGGUGAGGUUAGCCUUAGUUGUUUUGCUUUGUUGUUUUCUGAGCUUGUGCAGUACUGUCAGAAUCGCGUAUAUACUGUUCAGGAACUACAAAACAAACUUGCUGAUAUGGGACGGGAAGUGGGUGUGAAGGUAAUUGAUCUUCUUUUUGUUCGAGAGCGGAACUGCAAACGGGAGAUAAAGUUGUUAAACAUGCUCCUUUUCAUCAAAUCAACGCUGUGGAAGUCCCUAUUUGGAAGGGAAGCUGACAAGUUGGAACAUGCCAAUGAUGAAGAAAGAACAUAUUACAUUAUUGAGAAAGACCCUCUAGUGAACAAAUUCAUUUCCAUACCCAAGGAUAAAGGAAGUUUGAAUUGCUCUGUAUUCACAGCCGGUAUAAUUGAAGGUGUCCUUAAUGGAUGUGGAUUUCCUGCGAAGGUAACUGCUCACUGGCAUAAAGGAACUACAUAUAUGGUUAAAUUUGAAGAUUCUGUGAUUACCAGAGAUAAACAACUAGAAGAUAGAUAAUCAACAAGUUUGAAGAAACAAAUGUCUGUUAGAGAUCAUGUUAUAUGCCAAUUUACAUACCAAUAGAAAACAGUUUUGGAGAGGGGGAAAGAAUUCGUUGAUGGUAAAAGUAUGAGGCCUAAAAUGAACUCACUUUUUACUGUGGUGCAUGAUGUAUUAUUAAAUUCAGCCAUAAAUCCUUCCCAUUACUGUGUGGUAUUUUUAUUGAACACUAACAGCUCGCUGAGAUAUCUAGUUAAAUGGGAUAGAAGGUAUAAAUUCUGCUUUGCAGUAUUUCCAAGCUAUUGCACUAUUUAAAUCAGAACCACAGUCUUCCUUUUGAUUCAUUAUCCUUCCACAUUUUGAUUAAUACUACAUAAUCUCAGCUUUGUAAAAUGACUAAACAAAAUGAUCCAAGUUUGUUUUUAGAAUAAGUCUAAGGGUAUGACCAGACCUGGAUAUUUUGUUAUGAUACACUGUAUCGAUUCUGUUGCAAGACAUUUAUUCCUGUGUCUGAGACAUUUUGCACUUGUAUAUUGUUUUAAAAUGGUCUAGAGAUAGGAUUUGAAUGUCUCAUAUUUCCCAUUCUGGAUGGGAAACAACUCUAUUGGAACAGAAAUAUUUUCAAACUUGAAACUGAUGGACAGUAAAUGAAUAAGUUUUGAUGAAUUCAUUAAUUCUCUUCUUUAAGCGUGUUCAAAUUGAAAAGCUGCAAAAAUGUGUCUGUUCACGUUUCUACGUCUGUCUGUAUGUAACAUCUUGAGAAUUGCUGAACAGAUUUUCAUGAAGUUUUGAUAUUGGGUAGUUUUAUGAAAAUUUGUCAACAUAUUCCUGUUUUGGUUGGACAAUAACAACAGGCACUUCAUAUGAAAACCUCAUGCUUUUUUGGGUAGAGAAUAUCCACUUGUGGAUACCUUGGAAUCCUGUCAGCUGCAGUCAAGGGGCAGAAUCCUUCAUGAUGACUUUGUCACCAAGAUCCCACACACACACAAACAUCACUGGCAUUAUUCGCAAAGGUCAAAUUCUGGGGAACUAGCCAGAAUUAUUAUGCUAUGCAUUCGUUUCUUUUCAUUACUAUUAACUGUGAAUUAACUUAUUUUUAUUAGAAUAAGCUAUGUUAAUUGGUUCAUUGGAAGCAGGUGGUCUGAUAAUUAUAAUUGGACAACUGAAUGACUUUAAAGUCUUGACUGUGUACUUCAGGAAUUUUCAACUUUUCCAGACCAAGGGCCAAAUUCACACUUGCUCAGUAUCAACUUGUAGCUCAGGAGGUUAUAAAUGAGGACAGUUUGUUGAAAUUCAUGAUAAUUUAUGAAAAUGCUAUAUAAUGUAAAAGGUUGACAUAUCACUCAGUUUUCCUUCCAUUCAAAUGUUCAUUAGGAAGUUCUCGAUUUGACAUUCUGCAUUCAGCUGAACAGUUGCUCACACCAUUAGUUAUUGCUAAAUACUGACGACAUGAACAAAAUAUGAAUUGAGAACCCCUAGUAUACAUUAACUAAUGAAUAUGUCACACUGGCCAGAUAUCUCAAUGUAACUGAUACCUUAUUUUUGGAAUUUUGUAGUUUGAUGUUUUAUGAGCUACUGACAGAAUUGUUAACUAAAUUACAAAUAAGUAUUCUACAGAUACUGAA